AUGACUGAACAGCUGAAGAACGUGUCUGCUAUGAACAAGCUGUACAUCGGUAAUCUGCCGAUGGAGGCGGACGAGGCCGCGGUUCGGCAGCUGUUCGCCGAACACAACCUAACUGUUGCCGACAUAUCCGUAAAACGAGGUGGCUAUGCCUUCGUGGACUUCCCUGACCAGUCGGCAGCUGAUCGAGCUAUUGACAAAUUGCAUGGUUACUCGUACUGCGGACUUCCCCUCAUCGUAGAACCAUCUGUGGCCAACAAAAAGAUUGUCAACGCGCCGAAUCUUCAGAGCGUGAGUGCUACGCAGCUGAAGGAGACCAGUACUGAUUCUUCAACUGUCGGUGGUGCUGGAGGUGGUUGGAGGUAA